CUAUCAUUCUGGUGAACAAGGAGAGAAGGAAGAGAUCCAGAGAAAGGAGACUUUUUUUGGAUCGUUUUCAGUUCUUUCCAUGGCGAGACAGCAGCAGAGAGAUCUCCUCCGACCGUAGCGUUUGUAAGAUAGUUCUUAUCGAAGCAAGACUGGAAGCCGUGAAGUGGAAUGAUAUUCACCUUUCUCAUUGCAGAGAAGGUUGCUGAGGCCACUGACUCAAACUCGGUGCACCAGUGUGCUUGGCGUAAUAACGUAGCCUCUCGCUUUCCUUUUCGUGCUGAUGCGGGUUGGAUAUGUCCGAACGAGGUAAUGUCAAUCGCAAGGAUGGAGGAAAGAAGUUCCCUACCCUAAAUUUGAACCAGACGUAUCGUGGAAAUCGCCCCGAGCCUCGCACUUCAGUACAACCAGGUGCGGCCCCUCCUCGCUCUUAUGGAAGUUUGCAAAGUCUGGGAAAGGUCACGAGCAAAUUUCGAAAUCGCCCGUCACAGAACUUACCAGAGUCGCCCCCAGGAGAAUCAAGAUAUGGCAGGGACGGAGAAUCUGGUGGUAGAUCGCCAGUUCAGGGUCGCCGCCCUGGUGGUUGGAAGUUGAACAGACCGCCUCGCGAACGAACUGAGACCCUUGAGGGCCCAGCGUCAGCAGGUGGCGGAGAUCCUGCGUUUUCUUCACUGCAGCCUACGAGAGGAGCCAUGGAUCUACCGAGGCGCCAGUCUUUGCCGGCCCCGUUGCCACUGGAUGAUGAUGAUGAAGGCGGUUGGGCCGGCCACCAGGAGGAGGUGGACUUCAACAAGAAGCUGACAUGGAGCAGUGACGAGGACAGCCACAAGCCGAGUUCGCCCAAGAUCGCACGUCAUGCCACAAAGCCUGGUAAUAGUACCAAGGUGAAAGCAGAGGCGCAGCCAUCUGAAACAUCAUCCAGUUUGGCACCAGCUGUGAGUGCUGUGACAUCCCAGUCCUCCACCGUCAGUGCACCCGGCCACUGCAGUGAGGACACAGCACGCACCGCCGCCGCUGCUGGCCGUGCACCUGUGGAAUCGGAGCGGCCUGUCAUGACCGCUCCCGUCAGCCAGCACAGCGGCGCCAGCAGUAGUACUGGUGACAAUGGCUGGAGACCUCAGCAGGGUGCUCCCCCAAACCGAUCCACAUCAUCGGACGUUGGCGAGAAAGGGUUCCGUCGCGGCUCUGGUAGAGGGCCAGAACUUGACAGGAGGAACAUGUUUACCAGCCCGGCUGAUGAAGAUCGGAAUUGGAGAGCAUCUGCUACUCCUGCCGUUGCUUCUAUUCAGCAGCGUGAUAGUGGUGGCCCUUCCGGUAGAGACACACGACUGCAGCACGGCGGCCGGGAAUCUGCUCCCGCCACCCGCUCUAAUCCGCCCCUGGAUCCGCGCGACGGUCGUCACGAGUACGCGGCCCGUCACGAUAAUGCUGCACCGGGCAGUUCUUCGCGUGACAGUCACGGAACCGCUGCUGGUGCUGCUGCGGCCGCUUACGGUGCUAGCUCUGUAGGCGGCGCAUCCCACCCGCGCGGUGAAGGUCCCAGUGGCAACCAUGCUGCCCAUGCUGGUCGUGGUCAAGACGGCCGGAAUGUCAGUGCCCAUGAUGCACACAGUAGCAGCUUGCACGAUGUGCACCCGUUCCGCGACGCAGGCACUGGCGGCGGCCACGAGGUCCGCACACCUCGCGACGGACAUAGCGGUGGUGUCCACGAGCUGCACAGCUCCCGCGAUGCCCAUUCUUCCCAUGACGGCUACGGUCGAGAUGGCCAUGCGGCACGGGACGCGCGGCAGCCGAACAGCACGCGUGGCCACCCACCGCAGUCCAGGAAAGCUGAGCAAUCCGUGUCGGCAGUGAGUAGUGGCUCGUCAGCACCGGUACGCAUUAUGCAGCGUGACCGAUCCCAAUCUGUCGAUGGUGGUGUUUCUGCGUCCACGUCCGUCGAGACUACACAGGGUACCCAUGUGCCAAGUGCCAUUAAAGCCGCACCAGCACAUCCAGCCGGAAUGUCCGAUGCCAGACCAGGAAGAGACCGGAAACCAUCCACCGGUGGUGACAAACGACACGCGCCGAAAUCUGAAACUUCUCACCACCAUCAUGCUGAUCGAUCUGACGCAACACCAGGCCACUCUUCGUCGCGCCAGGGCCAGGAAAGAGUUGGCAACGAGCUGUCUCAUAAGGGCGGCGUUGCAGAGCGGCCGAGUCGCAGCAAUGAACGUGGCAAGCGGCCCCAUGCCAGUGAGCACUCUAAGCCGAUGCAUUUGGAGCAGCACACGCAGGCCUCUAGCCGCAAGCUGAAUCUCGACGAGCUGCCCAGGACGCGUGGCAGCGUCGGCGGUGGUGAAGUGGACCACCGGCAUCGCAGACCGCAGUCCAGAGAUAGAUCUGACACAAUGUCGCCGGUCGUCGUGCGUGAGUGCCGCCCCGGUCAGUCACCCUCGUCCAGAGACAGCGCCGAUGCCGUGAGCCGUUCCUCUCCAGCAUCUUCUCCUGCUGAGAGCCCACACAGUGCCAACGUUAGCCUUGCUAAGUCCGCACCCAAAAUCAAACGGACUGCCAGCGGUGGGCAAGCUGACCGCCGACCAUCAGAUAAUAGUGCUCGGUCCACGUCGCACUCCAAACCGCAUCGGCCCGAUGCACCGCGCCAACGCACCGAUCAUGACCGGAAACCCGGCAGGCACAACUCGGAGACGUCUAGUGCUGCAACACCAUCGACCCACGCCACUGGCAAGACCGAUGCAGGUGGAAGAGUACAUGACGAGUCCACACACCAGCGUCGUGUGAGCGACAGCUCCGCUUCCCAUCCGUCGGCCAGUGAUCUGGAAAAAGGAGCCACGCGUGGCGGCAGCAAGUCGCAACGCUGGAAAGCGGACACGCCGGACCGUGAGAGCCCGAUCGAUGAAAGUCACGAUCGACCGCGGCAGGACCGAGGCAAGCAUGCGCCUGUCAACCGACGUGGAACUGAAGACGGCGUGCGGAAAGCGGGUGCUGACCCCCAGCGCUCAAACUCUGAUGGCCGGCGUCAGUCAGGUGAGCCGUCUCAUCGCCCCGAUGAUAGUCGUCGUUCGAAUGACGGCGGGGCAGCGCGUUCUGGCCGUAACAAGGAGGACCGGCGGCGUGGAGACGCUGACCGGAGUAAGCAUGAGGACAGUCACCACCGAGAUAAUGAAGACAGGCGCCGUGCUGAAGACGACUCUCAUCAUAACCGCAAUGAACAGCGGCAUAGUCGUGCUGGUGAGGACCGAUCUCGGCGGGCGCCCCCGGCCGAUGGAUCCCGUUCUGGCCCGACACGAUCUGACGGCAAUUCUCGGCGCGGUAGUGAGGAUACGCGGCGUCCAAGUGGCAAAGACAACGCUGACAUGCAUCAGCGUGCGGGUGGCGAUUCACGCCGGCAUGGCCUAGAAGUCCCAUCACACUCUGAGACCACGUCUCGCCGUGGGAGCACGGAUGCACGCUCUACCAUCGGCGGCACCUCGCAUUCUGAGGGAAGCUCUCGCCGUGGAAGCACUAUGCGCCAUGGCAGUAAAGAUGUCGCCGACAGCCAGCAGCAUGCUAGCAAAGGCGAGCUUCGCCGACAGAUCACUCCGGAAGAUGUGUCGCUUGGUCUUGGUGUCUCACCGCGCCCUGAAGGUGGCGGCGGCAGUUCAAGGCGGCCCGGUGAAGACGCGCGGCCACACACCAAGGACAGCUCCGUGGCUUCGCUUCCUCCUCGUCUGCGCCGCUUGGACAUCUCGACGAAGUCUGAGGGUAGCUCUCGUAGGUCUAGCGUUGAAAGUCAUUCCCACUCGGAAGGUAGCACGAGGCGAAGUAGCAUUGAAACCCGGCGCCAUGACCAAGAACGACCCGGUUUGGCUCGCGGUAGCGAUAGUUCAACACCUCGCUCCGAAGCAAACUCUCGACGAGGCAGCGAGGACACCCGUCGGCAUACUAAAGACACCUCAUCAGACCGCCCUGGCGCCGAUCGUCACCGGUCUGGAAGUGACCAGAAGUCUUUGAGAGAUCAGUCGUCCCAUCGCCAUGAGUCGCGUCUAGGUGAUGACGGACGUCGCAAAGAUGGCAGUCUGUCUCACGAUCCACGCCCUAGGGAUACGGAACGGCGUCUGUCGGAUAAGCCUCGCACUGGCAAGGCUGCCAUAGAACGUCAUCUGGAAAGCAACAGAGCGAUAAAGGAUAAAAGACGAGCAGCGUCGUCGUCGGACAUUACUAGAGUGAUAGUCUCAGGAGGAGAAGUUUCGGCGAAGUCGGUGCGUAGAUCCCCAGACGGUGUAGACGGAGCAUCCAUGUCUUUGACCGGCACUGUUAUCAGGCACUUGAGUGAUCACGAUGGUGUGCCCCACGAGUCCAUCAUCUCGCUGAAGUCGGUCGAGCCCGACAUGCCUCCCGCCAGCUUGCUCAACUCGCCAAUCUUGUCGCCAUCGGCAUCCUCCACCCGUCCCCAGAGCCCAGGCCAUUCCAGCACUGGUAGCAGCAGCGGUGGCGGUGUUAGUGGCGGCUCUGUCACCAAGCCUGAUGUACUGCACUUGUCAAGUACGGAUAACUCUGAGGAGUACAACACUCCCCCGUCCAGCAUGGAUGAUAAUGAGAUGGAGGACCGCACGCCGCGGAUAGCACCAAGCUUUCGGCCGGCUACGUCGCCAGAGUUCCCGACGACGAGUAGCCUGAAAAUGGAUUCGAAGAGCACUGACAGCAACGGAUCGUCGUCGACUGCUGCCUCCAGGGACGAUCACCCUGUACAGGGCACAAAGAGCCCGAAAGCUGAGCGUAGGCAAAAGCAGUCGGGUACAAGCGACCGUACUCACACCUCGGCAUCGUCUGUGCCGUUGCCAAGUGCAAGCCGAGCAACGACUCGGGCUGAUACCAGCAAGCGUGGAGGCAGUAGCGGCGGCAGUAGCAGCAACAACCCGGUCAGUCGGAAGAGCGCGUUCAAUGACUACGAUCUGAACUCGUCGUCGGUGUGCGUUGUUGAUGAUAUGCCCGACCCGUCGUCCAAGGUGCCGCUCGUUGAUCAGGAUUUCUGUGAGUUCUCCGACAAUCCUGACAUCGAGGGCGAGUUCCAGGAAGUGAUGUCGCGCAAGCGCAAGGAGAAACGUCGAUCUCAGGAGCGCAAAAGUGUCAAGACCACUAGCAGCCCUCAGUCUGGGAAACGUAAAGCAGCUCUUUCGCCACUGCCAGCCCGUGAUGCUGCGAAGAACUCUGUUCACGAAGCAGGCACUCAAUCCGCACCGGCCACGGUAACUGUGCCGCAGGAGACAGUAUCGGUGGACGCUCCUCAGCCUGCUGCUGACUGGGAAAACGCGUUUGUUGUCACUGUCAGACCUCCGGCGGAUUCCACGGGAUCAUCAGCGACGGACUUCUCUGCCGUGUCUCUUGAUCCACACAGUAAAAUGUAUGCUGUUCUCCAGGAGCCAUCCACCGUCAAGAGCCAGUGCGAAGAAGAGUCUAGGCCCGAUGAGACUAGGCGCAGGCACUGCGCCUCUCCUAGUGGCGUGCCUGCAGCAACGAUCAAGGCAUUGGAGUCGGAUGGGAAGCCAGCAUCGGAUCACCCUCCGUCUAUUAAGAUCAGUGUCUCUGAGGAAGUCAUACCCUCGGUCUCUGCGUCGGCACCUCCGCCAUCCGGUGUCCAGUCCAUUGCUGCAUCCACGGAGAACACUCCAACACUGCAAGGUGAUGAAGCUGAGCGCCUGUCACACGCUCAGGAUCGACCCUCUCCAGCAGCCGGCACUAGCGGAAAGACUCCCAGGCCAAGCAGUUCUCCGGAGACAUCAUCUCGUCGAAAGUCCCGCGGUUCUCCGGGAGCGUCUCGCGGCCCGCUGUCUAUGCCAACGGGCGGCCAUGAUGCGCACGAGGCUAUGCGGCGUUUCUCUCCCUCGCAGGUGUCCAUCAAGACGCCACUGCUGGGCAGCUCGCCUGGCAUGCAGCAGCAGCCGCAGCACGUCGUGACCAUGCCCGCUGGCGUACGCAUGACGCAGCUGCAGAUGCACGCCACCGCCGCUGCCGACGGGGACGGUCGCAGUAAGAGCGCCACUGCGCCUGGCACUCUGGUCUACCCGUCCAUGCCCAUGCACGCCAUGCAGCAAGGCCACCAAGGUGCGGCGCCCCUCGUGCAGCAGCAUGUUGUCCAUCCGCAGAACCAGAUGGCCGCUGUGCAGCACCAUCAGCAGCAGCACCAGCACCAGCAGCAAGUUCAGAUGGUCAGCAUUGAGCAGCAGCGGUUACAACAGCAGCAGCACCAGCACCAGGUGCGCCAACAAGCACAGCAACAGCAACAGGUGCAGCAACAGCAGCAGCAGCAUCCCGGUUCCUACCCGUCUUCAUCCAGUCCUGCGGGGCCAAAGUCCUCAGCAGCAACGUCGCCCAAGUAUGCACGUCGCUCUACGCAGCAGCUGUCCCCGCUGAUGUCGCAUGCGCCCCCGGUGCAGCUGAUACCGUCUCAGUCACCGCCUGCACCAGCACCUGCACAAGUAGCCUUUAACGGUGCUCAGCUACCUGCUGGCAAUAGUGUCAUUGCUGGGGCUCCGGGCACGAUGCAGUCGCAGCAGCUUCAGCUCCAACAAGUGCACGUGCAGCAGGCUGUCCCGCACGCUCCCACUCUGGUACAGACGCUGCCUCAGCAACAGCUGCAGCAGGUUACUCCCGGUGCUCCGGUGACGUAUCAUGCCCUGCAUGCCCAGCAGCAGCAACACCAGCAGCACCAGGCUGCAGGUGACUAUCUGCAUCGGCCAGCAGCGGGUGGUAACGUGAUGGUUGGCGCAGCUCCCAUGCACGCACAGGCCGCCAUGCCAAUGCAGACAGCAGUAUCGAAGUCUGCACCGAUAAUGGUGGCUGCCGGUGGACAACAAGGUCGUAUGGCUUACGCUUCGCAUUCGCCUCAGCUGCAGCAUGCAUAUGCAGUAGGUGACCAUCACGGCGUGGCUCGGGUGAGGCCUGGUUUGGUACGUAUGCCUGCACCACAAGUUCAGCAAAUCGGUGCAUCACCACCUGUUUCGUAUGCGAGCCAGCAGGUUCCAAUCGUACACUCCUUCUCCCAGCCACAGCCAACUGCAGUACGACUUGCUGGUCACCCACUGCAGGGCCAGAUCGGCGGUCCUAUAUCAGCACCCAACAUGCCGCACAUGGCCGUUGUACCGCAGACUGUGUCGUUUGUGCAGGCCGUUCCCAAUGAACAGUUCACGGUCGCACAGCCACACAUGCAGCAGUCCCGACCGGUAGUGGUCGCAGGCCACCAGUAUAACAUCAUGCCAGCGCAGCAAAUGGCACAGCCGAUGCAGCACUUUACGGCUGCCGCAGGCGCUGGUCCUGCUCAGGCAGCUCGCGCUGCUACCAUGACGGCACCGCCUGGAACAGUGCUGGUUGCUGCUCAGCCGUAUAGUGUCGUGUCACCUGAUCACCAUCGACGGUCAUUCGAUUCCGCCCACCACUACCCGAUGCAGGUGCGCGCGUCUGGUGCUGGCCGUCAGUACACUGCUCGCCAUGAGACCAAGUCCAAAUCUCCAGGGCACUCCGCCGCUCACAGCUCUCAUUCGACUGCCGUCACCUCGACCGCCGCUUCACCUGCGUCAACUCAGGCCCCGUCGGAAACGGCCCAGGCAGCGUCGAAAUCCGACCAGCCUUCUGCCAACACCGAAAAGUCUCACUGAUCAUGUCGUAAACUGAUGUUUGGGAAUAGCUGUUGUCUACCCAGCCUUGGCUCUAUGACUCUCCUCCCAAGGUUAUCCACGAUCUUUCCCCCAUUGUAGUGUCAUCGGCGCCAGACUUUGUUGUGUCAUUAGUUGUCAACUGUGUUUUCGUCCUUUUCUGUGUCGCCCAUGGCAAACUUAUGUGCUGUUGUGUUCCUCCUCAGCAGUACGCCAAGGGUCCGAAUCAGAGAUGCUCCUCUACCUCUGUGGAGGGCAGUAUCGCCACUCUAACCACGUACAGUAGAAACCGGCCUUUCCCUUUGCACGUUUUACCCUAUUGAAGCCAUUCAGGUGGCAAAUCUAUAAUCUUUUUACCUUAGCUUGCAUUGCAUAUCGCUCGGAAAAUGUAAAAUGGUCUUAUUUGCUGAUACAUCCAUCUGCCUCUAAGUUUUAUCGCUCUGUAAUGCAUACAGAUAUAACGCAAACUUUGAUUUCGUUUAACGCAAUCACCACCAACAUUGUAACCCGAAAACGUUGAAGACUUCA